AUGUUCACCGUUCUGGCUUUACUCAUAUCCGCAGUGGUUAUGGAAGAACAACAUCAGCUAGUCCGCGUGAGAAGACAAACUACAUAUUACAUAUGUGGCAUGGUUCCAAACAGAUACUAUUCACCUUAUCCCUGCAACAAUUACCAACCUUACCGACCCGCUCCUGUGCAGUGUUGUACCAACGGUGGCCGCAAACUCAACAUAGGAUGCACAUAUGAUUAUCAAGUAGGCUACUGCUAUAAUGGCGAACGAUCUCAGAUGAGAUGUCUUUCAAGUUCUGUUUGCUCGGGAGGACAAACCUGCAUCAACGGGCUCUGUUGUAGAACCACAGGCAACGAGUGGCAGAAUGCGUGUGCAGGGCAGGGUGCGCUGGCCAGCUGCACUAACGGAAGCUGCGGUGAAUUCGUGUGCACAACGUCUAACUAUUGUUGCGAGUGCGAGUUUGGGCGAACUAGUGGAUUGUGCUCACAACCAGGAAAAACAUCAAAAAUAUCAGAAUUGAUAAAUCUCGUCAUGCGACUUCUGCUUUCCAGGGAUGCAGCCCGGGUUUCAUAUGCUCAGCCAACGGUUACUGCUGCCCUUCGUGUCCUAGAGGUGAAGCUCCAUAUGGAUCCUGUUUCAAUGGAUUGUGCGCUUCUGGAUAUUCUUGUAGAGCUGGAAAUAUAUGUUGCACUUGAUUUACAACCUACCUUCUGCUUUGACAAAUCAUGUACGAUUCCUAGUAAUCUCAGUAACGCUGAGCUCCUUUGGAAUAUCAUGGCUGAUGCCGAUGAAGGAACUUCUCAUGCUUUCGUGAACAAUUUCAAAUUGCUUUCGUUCGAUUUUUAG